AUGUCAAACUUAACCUCCGCUAUACAAUUGACCAAGGAUUCUCGCUACAAGCUCAACAACGGACAAUCGAUUCCCGUGGCUGGUUUUGGGGUUUACGAAAUUCCUAAGGAGGAUACUGCUGAUUUGGUGUACUAUGCGUUGUCUGUGGGCUACAGGCACAUAGACUCGGCCAUUUACUACAAAAACCAAAGGGAAUCAAGUGAGGGUAUUGCUCGUUUCUUGAAGGACCACCCCGAGGUGGAACGUAAGGAUAUUUGGUUUACCACCAAGAUCAGAUUCGAGGAUCAUGGCUACGAGAACACCAAGAAGGCAAUUGAACUCAUUGCUAAAGAAGUGAAGGAAUACAUUGGGUAUGUCGACUUGGUGUUGAUCCAUAGUCCUCACAGUAAUCCUCAAAAGAGAAUCGAGUCCUGGAAGGCAUUGCAAGAGUAUGUGUUGGAGCCAAACAACCCUACUUUGGAUAUCAAGUCCAUUGGUGUGUCCAACUACGGAAAGCGUCAUUUGCAAGAGCUUUUCGACUGGGAUGGAUUUGUGAUCAAGCCGGUAGUUGACCAAAUCGAAUUGCACCCAUGGCUUCCAAGAUUGGAAUUGAGAGAGUUUUUGGUCGAGCACGAUAUCUGGGCCGAGGCGUACUCGCCUUUGACUCAAGGCGUCAAAUUGGACGACCCAGAGUUGUUAGAAUGGGAAAAGAAGUACAAGUUGCCCAAGGGUAACAUCUUGCUCACGUGGUCGUACUUGCAAGGAUUCAUUGUGAUCGCCAAGAGCGCUAAGAAGGAGAGAAUCAAGCUGAACCUCGAUGUUUUGCCUGAUGGAAACAGUGACGAGCUUGGGGAACAACAUUCUUUCGGUAAGAUUGAGUUGGACCCAGAAUUGCUUCUGGCGCUCGACAAGCCCAAGUCCCACGAUGUGUGCACGUGGAACGGAGUAGACCCUACAUUGUACGAGCCUUAG